AUGUUGUCUUCACAACCGGAGUAUGAUCUUCCUGGAUAUGCUCAGCCAACAGCAUCGUCUAUAAAGCUCUCAACGCCGAAGAAGCGCGGAUCACGAGAACAGACUAGGUGUCAGAUGCCGAUGUCCUUAAGGUUACAAGGCCAAAAGUCACCAGGAAAGAACGUUUCCAAGAUAGCGACCCGUCCGAGUCGUUAUCCCUCAAAUGUGGACGAUACAUAUGUCAUUUCAGCGACAAAUUCAAGGAUUGCGGGACCUAGGACCGGCACCAAUUAUGUAUCACCAAAGUUAGUCAGACCUAUGCUAAUGAGAUCGAGUGCAGUUAAAACAGCACCAAGGAAGUCAUUAAAAGCGUUGAUUUCAGAGACAGAUUCGCUCUUACAACAGCUCUCCAAACACCCGCUUGAAGAAAUAUUCAGCUGCGAACUUGAAAAGUUCGAGCGUAAACAACUGAUAACCAUGGAGGAUUGGCAAUCCUUGAUUUGUUAUCACAAGGAAAUCAUGGCCAAAGUCAUGGCAAAGAUUGAUUUGGACCAUGAAUUGAUUCAACAUGUAUUGGAGUUGAAUAACGCCAUUUCGGCUCCAGUGAGUGAUAUUGAUCCAUAG